AUGUCCGAUGAUCCUGGCUUCCUGAAUGAGCAGCAGGCGCUGUAUAACACCAUCCGUAGGGCCUGCGAGGCCGUCUCCAUCGUCCUUCGAGAUCUAGGUCAGGCGGUCAAGGAAAACAGGGAGAAGACUUCACAAGGUCAAAGUUCAUCUCAGGAUACAAACUUUCUGAACCAUGCUCAAAGAGGUAGUUUUGCAGACGAAGAUAUAAAAAUUCUUCUUAAAUGUGCAAGGCAGUUCAAUCCGAUGCUUGAUUAUGUUGAUACUUCGUGCUGUUCUCGUAAUCUUAUCUGUGGAGAGAGCUAUUACCGUGUGGGUGCUGCGUUAAGUAAUCCUGAGGGGUGGACAUGUUUCGUUAAUUGCAUUCUCCAGUGUGUGGUUCACACUGUUCCUCUGGUGUUGAAGCUUCAAAAAGAUGAUCACACAGAUGCAUGUCCCGGUGCCUCUGGCAAAUUCUGCUGUUACUGCUCCCUAAAAGUCCAUGCUGAUGAAGUUAUCAGUCUCUCUGGGGCUGUUCUUUACCCAAAGAAGUUUGUCGAACACCUGAAAUUAUUUUCAGAAAAUUUCCGGCGGGGAAGGCACCAAGAUGCCCAUGAAUUCCUCCGCUGCUUGCUUGAUAAAUUAGAUGAGGCCUCUGUCCCUCCCAGGUCCCCAUCAUCUGAGAGACCCUCUUCAAUUGUCACACAGGUUUUUGGAGGACAGCUAAAAAGCCAGUUGCAUUGCCCAGAGUGCAACUAUUGCUCAGACAGAUUGGAGCCUUUCCUUGACCUUAACUUGGAGGUUAUCCCGAUGGCCACUGUCAUGGAUGCACUAAAAUCUUUUACCAAGAUUGAGGUGUUUGAAAAUUACGGUUGUGAUGGGUGCAAAUCUCGUGUGAACAUGGAAAAGCAAUUAAAGGUGGAGCAGGCUCCAGAAGUUCUUGUAAUCCAGCUCAAGCGGUUUCAAAAUUUUGGAAGUCAUAUAACUAAGAUUGAAGACUGCAUGAUGUAUCAGGAAGAGCUGGACUUAAACCCAUUCAUGAGCUCCCCGGAUAAUAAACCUCAGAAAUAUGAUUUGUAUGGAGUUGUAGAACACGAGGGUGCUCCAUCAAAUGGUCACUAUGUUUGUUAUAUCCGUUCGUCACGAACUAAUUGGUUUCACUUCAAUGAUUCUAAGGUUAUGAAAAUCAACGAUGCCAUGGCUUUGGAGAGUGAAGCAUACCUUCUAUUCUAUGCGAAGCAAGGUUCAUCCCCGUGGUUCUCUACCUUACUUAAGAGAAAAAACUACGUUUCCGGUGACACUGAGGAGGGUGGUUACAGUACCAGUAGCAGUGAAGAUGACUAUUAUCCUGAAGGCCUGUCUUGGCAUAAUGAUGGCGACAAAACCAGAUCGGCGACGAAAGAAGAAACAGAUCUGCAGCUUAGACAAAUAAUAUCUAUGCAAAAAGAGAAGUGCCGCGAGAGAGAGAUUGAAGAAAAAGCGAAGGCAGAAGGAGACAGCAGCAUCCAAACUACUUGUCCUGAAAGCUUGUCUUGGCGUAAUGAUGACGACAAAACCCGAUCAGCGAGGAAGCGCACGUGGGAGUGGGACAACAACCUCGAAGCGGUGGAAGAGGAAGAGGAAGAGGAGGAAGAAGAAGAUGAUGAUGAUGAUGUUGAAGAAGACCAUACUACUAUGUCUGCUCGGACUAAUUAUCUUGGGUGAAAACCUAGAUUCUGGCCAUGUGCUUGGAUCCGGUGACGGCGGCGCUUGAGUGUCGCUCCUUUUCUAAAGACGUUUCUGUUGAACAACCUCGUCAUUCAUGUGGUGUCAUGACAUGGUUGGUGCGGAUAUGGUCGUUGUUGUAGUUUGCCAAUCGCAUAUCACCUUUUCCUCGCCUA